GAUGAUGUUGAUUCCAGCUCCCACCACCACGCCUUUCGCUAUCCAGAAGUCGACUGAUCUCUCUUGUUUCAUAGGAUUGCAGGAUUCGUGACAACCAGUUAUACUUCGCCCCACUCAAAGAAUCAUGUCUGACCAUCAAUCAUCAGCGAGAGAUAAGCCUCGUGCCCAUGAAGACUUCACAAACAGCUACCAAAUUCAGGUGUCUAUUCCCCAUAGAAAACAGAAAUGGAAGCUCAGUUCGAUGUAUUUCAAGCGCUUUCAGUGUAUCUACAUCUUGACAGUUUUUUACUGGUAACGACUUGUUCUUUUUACGUGCGCAAGUCGACAAGCCACAAGUUAACUCCGUUGGAUGAAGACCCUACUUUAUUGUACGCCGGUGUCAUGUCUGAUACCCAAUACUUGGGUACGUCCGCCAAUGUUUUCUAGUAAACAUGCCUUUUGAUGGCCUCCGAUGUUGCUCGGAGGUUCUCGGAAAGUAGACAUCACAUUCAAGAGUUUGGCUAUUUGAUGCAGCAUAGUUGGGACGCAGACAAGCUGAACUCGCGGGCUAGUCAAGCCACUCAGAAAACCCGGGAAAAGCCGAGGGAGUAAAUUGGGCAAAGCCGCCGACGCCAACAAUGGGAUCCGUGAUAUCCGAAAGAUGCGAAAGUCUCUACUUAUUUUCGGGCAUAAUGACCUCAAUUCACUCUUUUAUCAAGUUACUAGCAUGGUUCACCAGACCUGAUACCGGAAACAAUUUGAUCCACUCAAGCUCCGAACUCCCCGAUUUCACCGUUUGCCACUAGUCGGGAACUUACAGUAUCCGAGUAGCAAAAAUGAAACGCCCCCCAUCGCUAGCGGGCGAACUUAUCCGGAGUCUGCGGGAUGGGUCGAUAUCUGAUGUGCCUGGAAAUGGAUGGUAUACGCACCACGGGCCAACAGUCUUUCUGAACUAUAGGCUUCUGAUUUACUUCUUUAGGACGUGUUCUAUCUGGAACUCAAUGAAUAGGUCAGCUUGGUUUCGGCGCCCAUAAAUCGCAGCUCCCAGCCAGCAUGAAUUAUCAACCGUUUCUCGCAAUGUCUCCAUUCCCGCCCAUAAUGGACUCUCUACUACGCUGGCACCCGGAUCCGCUUGCCUUCGCGUUGAAAGCGUGCGCGGUUCUAGCCACAAUUGUUGGUCUAUCGUGUUGGACGUUGAAUAAGAGGUUGUAUCCAUCCACUGCACCUCCGAUUGUGGAGAUCGAGUCCAGCGAGAUGUUCAAUAAUCCGAAAGUUGCAUACGCAUUGGCCUUACGGAACAGUAAAGGUAUCGUUGGAGUUCGACGGAAAGGACGGUUGGAAUACAUUGUCGAUCGGUCUUUCACGCAUCAAGUAUUGACAGAUGAUUCGAAGUUUAGCUUUGAGCUAGGCACUCUUUCUUCAGAGAUAGCUACCCGGCUCGAUGAAGCAAUGGCAGCUGUUGUCCCGAUCUUCCAGAGUAACGUCGAUGACCUGGUGAAUGACUUACCUCUCGGCAGCGCGCUUACUCCAGUCGAUUUCGAAGCCUUUGUUCACCGCACGAUGGCUUCUGCCAUGAUUCAAUUGAUCCUGGGUAAGGAUUACCUCUCCGCGGACAAUAUUAAGCGGGUGGAGAACAUUGCAGUCGAGGUAGCGACCCUGGGGGGCAUCUUCCAGAACAUGAGUUGGUUCUCUCGUACCUUUCCCAGUGUGUGGCGCAUCGCAAUAUGGAUCCGGGUGUUUCUCUACUCUAUUCCUAUCAACUUCAUCCUGGGUAUCGGGCGCGAAGUCUAUCAUCAACUGGGUCAAAUUGAUUCUUACGACAAGGAGGGCCGGGGCCGUGGAGAAUCAGACGGCGGAACGGCAUUCACCUGGGCGAGAAGAUACGUCGAUCACAGGCAAGGCCAAAUCGGUGUCCUUGAUCGAUUUUGGAUUCUCACCGUUGUUCUUGGGAUGAUCUUCGCCUCCGUGCACCAAACGGCUGUCGUCAUGAUUUGGAUGGCGUUCGAGCUUGCUAAGCGUCCGGAGGACGUGCAGCGUAUCCGAGAGGAGAUGGAACGUGAGGGCCUGUCGAUGCGCUACGCCUCCCUUCGUCGGUUCGAAUUCCUAGACUCCUUUAUUCGGGAAGUCAUGAGGACGAAGGGAGACACCCUGAGCACAGUUCGAAUGACGACCAUGGACGUCCCCCUUGGAGAAUAUGUCAUCCCUUCGGGAUCCUUUGUCGUUCCGCUUGCUACCCAGUCCCACGAGAGCGAGUUCUAUCACGGAGAGAACGCUCGCGAUUUCGUCGGUGACCGGUGGGUGGGGCAAGAGAAACCCUCUUCCAUGCUCAGUACCUCUUACUGGCCAUUUGGACUCGGGCGGUGGGCCUGCCCGGGGAGAACAUUGGCCGUCGCAGAGAUCAAAGUUCUGAUGCUACUUCUGUUGCAACGAACUGAAUUUGCUCUAGAAGGUGGUGAUUACAAGGUGGUGGAUCCCCUUACUGUUACCUCCGUUGCGCCAGAGGGUACUCUUCUCCUCCAGCGCUGCGUUUGACCGCAUGUGUAGAAUGUAUAUUUUAGAAUGAAACCGGCUGAUUGUAUUUGUCCAUAUGGCGUCUAGUCACUGCAACUCAUUUGUCAUUCACACAGGCCGCAGC